AAUGAAAAACAGCAAAACGUCGAUUUGAACGUGUGGGUGAUCCAGAAAUGGCGUGAUGACUUUCUCGGAUGGAAUCCAUACCUUUACGGAAUGAUCAAUACCACUAUACUGCCAUUUGAUGCUAUUUGGUUACCGGACACAUACAUCUAUAACAGGUACUUUUUUAACAAUAUUGCGCACAUUUUGACUGUGGUGAUGAAUCGUGAAGAAACUGAACGCUACAUUAAUGUGGUGGUGACGACAAACUUCUGGAAAGGUGAACGAGGUGCCGAAAUCAAAUUCAUGUAUCCAGCGUUAUAUCGCACAAGUUGUAUGCUUGACAUUAGGUUUGUCGUUUAUCCAUUGACAUUUUGCGGAAAUCCACUUUUGUAA